AUGGUGUUGCCGCCCCCGGACAAACGCCAUGUGUGCCUGACCACCAUUGUCAUCAUGACCAGCAUGGCCUUCAUGGACGCCUACCUGGUGGAGCAGAACCAGGGCCCCAGGAAGAUCGGUGUAUGUAUCAUAGUGCUGGUAGGGGAUGUGUGUUUCCUCAUCGUGCUGCGCUACGUGGCAGUGUGGGUCGGCGCAGAGGUGCGCACGGCCCGACGAGGAUACGCCAUGAUCCUCUGGUUUCUGUACAUCUUUGUCCUGGAGAUCAAGCUCUAUUUUGUCUUCCAGAAUUGCAAGGCUGACAGAAAAAGUCUGGAGACAGUGGCCCGUAAAGCUUUGACAUUACUCUUAUCGGUGUGUGUGCCGGGUUUAUACUUGGUCCUGGUGGCCCUGGAUAGUAUGGAGUAUGUGAGAACAUUCCGGAAGAAGGAGGACAUGCGUGGCCGUCUGUUCUGGGUGGCUCUGGACUUGUUGGACCUGCUGGAUAUCCAGGCUAACCUGUGGGAGCCGCAGCGGACAGGCCUGCCGAUCUGGGCUGAGGGUCUUAUGUUCUUCUACUGCUACAUCCUGCUGCUCAUCCUACCCUGUGUAUCGCUCAGUGAAAUCAGCAUGCAGGGAGAGCACGUGUCGCCCCAGAAGAUGAUGUUGUACCCGGUGCUGAGCCUGGUCACCAUCAAUGUGGUCACCAUCCUCAUUCGCGGCGUCAACAUGGUGCUGUUCCAGGACAGCCGCGUUUCCACCAUCUUUGUGGGCAAGAAUGUGGUGGCCAUCGCCACCAAGGCCUCCACAUUCCUGGAGUACCGGAGACAAGUGAAGGAGUUCCCCCACCCGCAGAACGCCAUGGCGCUGGAGCUGCAGCAGAACUCCGUCAGCCACACGCAGCCACUGCCCAACGCCACCAGUUUGCCGCACGAACCCUCGCCAGCGCAGGACGUCAUCGACACAUGACUGCCAGCAGUGGACUCUCCAGCACCAGAAAUGGUGAUAACAAAGUGAACCUUAGACUCUCUCUCUCCAGACUGCUUCUGCAAAGGCUUCAGGAGUGGU